AUGGCGCCGCCAGUAAUACAUGGGGAACCGAAGAUUGUACAGGACAGCGCAACAAACAGUGUCUUUUUAGAAGUGAUCGCAUCCGGUCUUUUGCCUGAAAAGACAAAGUGGUUUUUGGGCGAGAAAGAAAUUGAGCCAACUAAAACAUACGUCUUCUCAGAACACGAUGAAGGCGAAAAGAAAACUUUGUUAAGAUGUGAAAUUAAGAAUUUCGAUAAGGAAUUGGCGGGUUCAUAUAAGGCGAAAUUCUACAGCAGCGAUGGCGAAAAUAGUGCUACAUUUACUGUGAAAGCUGGAAAUGCACCAGAAUUUCAUGAUAAGCCUCAUAUAGUACAGCGUGAUGGUGGUAAUAUUAUUGUAAUUAAGGUUCGAGCAAAAUCACAUCUGGAUAUGACAGCUGAAUGGUUCAAGGAUGAUAAACCACUGAAAGCGACGGAUCGAAUAAAGAUAGUCGCAAAAAAAGACGAUAAAGAUAAAGAGGGCUUUCAGUUUUUAUUGGAAAUACACGGUCCAGUGAAGGAGGACCAGGCCAAGUACAAGUGUGUGGUGAAGAACAGCGAAGGUCAAAACGAACAGUCGUUGAAUUUGUGCUUCGACUGA